UUUACCAGAAUCAGAGCGGGGCACCUGAGUUUUGUCACCUCUACCAGAGGAACCCAAAUUUCCACAGCUGUGCUAAUGAACUUGUAAAUCACUCUGAGUAAAAGCUACUCAGUAAAGGAAAUCAGGAUUUACACUGAAGUGCCCUCAGAGGGGAUUUGAUUAUUGCCCACUGAGUAAAGGACAUUGACUCACUGAGUAAAGGAAAUCAGGAUGAGGGCAGUGGUUUUUACUUGGAGUAUAUUUGAUUAUUGCCCACUAAAGUGAAUUCAAUUCAUUUUGCCUAACAAAUUCCUCCCAAGCUCUAUUUAAAGAGACUUCCCAGGACCAUCUGAGCCUGGAUUUCCUAGAUUUCCCCAAAAUGCACGUGGUGGCUGGGCUGUGGCUGUGCCUGGGCUGUGGCUGGGCUGCCCCCCUGAGCCCCUGGUGUCUCUCAGCCCAGCUCAGGAGGCCGGGGGAUUUUGUCCUGGGGGGUUUGUUCCCAUUUGGGAAGGACACCCUGAACCUGGCAGCUCGCUCUGAGCCCACCCUGCUGCUCUGUGACAGGUUAUUCACGGACGGGCUGAUCUGGGCUCUGGCCAUGAGGUUUGCCAUCGAGCAGAUCAACAACAGCAGCUGGCUGCUGCCAGGGGUCACCCUGGGCUAUGACAUGUGUGACACCUGCUUUGAGCCCCUGGUGGCCCUUCAGCCCAGCCUCCUCUUCCUCACCCGCAAUGGCACCAGGGCCAUCGGGGUCCUGUGUGACUACAGCGAGUACCAGCCCCGCGUCAUCGCCGUCAUCGGGCCCCACAAAUCCGACCUGUGCCUGCUCACAGCCAAGCUCUUCAGCUCCUUCCUCAUCCCACAGGUGAGCUACGGCGCCAGCAGCGAGACCCUGAGCAACACAGAGCUCUACCCGUCCUUCUACCGCACGGUGCCCAGUGACAAGAACCUGGUGGAGGCCGUGGUGCUGCUCCUCAACCACUUUGGCUGGAACUGGGUGGCCACGGUGGCCAGCGAUGAUGAGUAUGGCCGGGGAGCCCAGGCGCUCUUCCUCAGCAUGGCUGGCACCAACAGCAUCUGCAUCGCCUUCGAGGGGCUCAUCCCCACCGAGCUGGCCGAGGCUGAUGCCACCAAGCAGCUGGAAAACACAAUUAAAUUAAUUAACAGCACCAAAGUCAACGUGAUUGUGCUGUUUGCACACAGCGUGCCAGCCCAGGCCCUGCUGCAGCACAGCCUGGCCAUGGGGCUGGGCAAGAAGGUCUGGCUGGGCAGCGAGGCCUGGCUGCUGUCGGACAUCGCCACCUCUGUCCCCAACAUCCAGAGUGUGGGGACAGUGCUGGGCUUUGUCAUGAGGACGGGGACAGUGCCAGGCUUCCAGGAGUUUGUAGCUGAGCUGUUCAACUCUGUGGCUCAGGAGGAGUUCUGCCAGCGCUCCCGGGAGCUCAGCGGGCUGGAGGACACCGAGGUGUUGGACACGCACUGCCGGCAGUGCGGCAAUGUCACCCUCGGGGACAUCUGGCCCAUGCUGGGGGUGACGCCGGUGCAGCCCGUGCACGUGGCCGUGUACAGCGUGGCCCAUGCACUGCACAGGGCUCUGGGCUGCACCUCCAAAGGGUGUCCCAAAACACCUGUCAGGUCCUGGCAGCUGCUGCACUUCAUGAACACCCUCCCUUUUGAGGUGAAUGGGCAGAGCUUCAGGUUUGAUCAAUCCCACGGCACAAACACGGGCUACAAACUGAUCCUCUGGGCCUGGAGGGAUGGCACAGUCACCUACCUGCCCGUGGGAGACUACGACCAGUCCCUGUAUGUCCGGACGUCCCAGAUCCAGUUCCACACCCCAGACAAGAAGGAGCCCACAUCCGAGUGCUUCAGGCGCUGCCAACCAGGGCAAUUCAGAAGAAUAAAAGGAUUCAACCUCUGCUGCUAUGACUGCACAGACUGCUCAGAAAACACCUUCUGGAGCAGCACAGACAGCACCAGCUGCUCCCCGUGCCCACAGCACCAGUGGGCUCCCACCCGCAGCACGCGCUGCCACGACCGCACCGAGCGGUUCCUGUCCUGGGAUGAACCCCUGGCCGUGGCCCUGCUAACCCUGGUGGCCCUCACUGCAGCCCUGAGCUGUGGGGCAGCCCUGCUGUUCCUGCAGCACCUGCACAGCCCCCUGGUGCAGCUGGCAGGAGGUGCCAGGAGCCUCCUGGCCCUGCUCUGGCUGCUGCUGCAGAGCCUCAGCUGCUGCCUGCAUGUGGGCAGGCCCAGUGCGGCGCUGUGCCUGCUGCAGCAGCUCUGCUACGCCCUGUGCCUCAAUGGCUGCUUCUCCUCCCUGCUGCCCAAGGCCCUGGAGAUCACCUUGGUGACAGAAUUCCCCCGCUGUGCCCCCAGGCUGCUGCGCUGGGUGACCCACGGCAGGGCCUGGCUGGUGGUGGCCGUGUCCAUCCUCACCCAGGUGUUGCUCUGCUGGUGCCACCUCCACCUGGGCCCUGAUUACCUGGUGGCUGACUAUGAAUCCCUGCCCAGGGAGGUGCUGCUCGUGUGUGGCACCCAGUCCUGGGCUGCUUUUGCCCUCCUGCAUGGCUACAACAGCUGCCUAGCCUUCGUCUGCUUCCUGUGCACCUUCAUGGUGCAGACCCCAGGCAGGAGGUACAACGUGGCCAGGGGCAUCACCUUUGCCACCUUCAUCUAUUUCAUCAUCUGGAUUUUCUUCCUGGUGAUUUUUGCCACACUCAGGACGGUGCUCAGGGCUGUCACCCAGAUCUGCACCAUCCUGGCCACCACCCUGGGCAUUUUGGCCAGUUACUUUGUGCCCAAGUGCUAUAUCUUGGUGUUCAGGCCUGAUCUGAACACGAGGGAUUAUUUCCAGAACCUCUCUGAUGAGCAGCCAGAGGAGGACAGACAAUAAACCACUCCUUGUGUCACCUGCUCCUCACAAAACCUGGAUUUUAAGGAGAAAAUCCUGUUGAUUUUAAGGAGAAAAUCCUGUUUAUGAGCACUUUGUAGUCCCAGGAACAAUCACAUCUGAAUUAGAGUUGUGAAGCACAGGGCUCACAAGUCCA